AUGGAUAAGUCGUGGAUUUGGCUUCCAAGGAAUAGCCACGAGUAUUCAGAAGGAGCAACUAAUUUUGUGAAUUCGUCCGCAAAAAGAUUGGGAAGUCUGUCUGAAAUGCUAUGCCCUUGUAGAGACUGCCGCAAUCUGAGCCAUCAGUCACUGGAUAAAAUUGUGGAGCAUUUGGUGAUUAGGGGUAUGGAUAAGAAGUAUAAGAGUUCUCGUUGGAGUAUUCAUGGAGAAAAAAGAGAUUCUGCAGAAGACAGUGUUCUUCAAUAUGAAACAGAGGCGUUUGAUUUGUUUAAGACAAUAUUCUCCAUGGACGAAGGUGGUCCAAACCCGACAACUGACAACGAAGACGAUGAAGCACCAGAGGAAAUUGAGUUUAAGAAAAAGCUCAGAGACGCUCAAACGCCAUUAUACUCGGAUUGUCUCAAGCACACAAAGGUUUCAGCUAUCAUGGGACUUUACAGAUUCAAGGUUAAAAGUGGUGUGUCGGAGAACUACUUUGAUCAGCUGUUGGUUUUACUUGAGGAUUUGCUACCUGAAGACAAUGUUCUUCCCAAGAGUUUAGCUGCAAUCAAAAAAUUUCUGAAGAUCUUUGGGUUCGGCUACGACAGUAUUCAUGCUUGCAAGAAUGAUUGCAUAUUGUAUAGGAAGGAGUAUGAGAACCUAGAAAGCUGUCCAAGAUGCAAAGUUUCAAGAUGGGAAAUGGAUAAGCACAGUAAUGAGUUAAAGGUGGGGAUUCCGGCAAAGGUCCUUAGAUAUUUUCCAAUCAAGGACAGGUUUAGGAGGAUGUUUAGAUCACAAAGGAUGGCUGAAGAUCUGCGUUGGCACUAUACCAAUGCCACUGAAGAUGGUACAAUGCGGCACCCUGUUGAUUCUAUCUCUUGGGCACAAGUGAAUACUAAAUGGCCAGACUUUGCUGCUGAUCCACGGAAUCUUCGACUUGGGAUUUCUACAGAUGGGAUGAACCCUUUCUCCAUGCAAAGCACCAAUCACAGCACAUGGCCAGUGUUGUUAGUGAACUAUAACACGCCUCUAACCAUGUGUAUGAAGGCUGAGAAUAUAAUGCUGACUUUGUUGAUCCCUGGUCCUACUGCUCCUGUGUAUGACUCAUUUGCGAAGGAGAACUUUAAUCUCAGAGCCUUGCUGCUUUGGAGUAUCAGUGACUAUCCAGCCUUAGGAACACUGUCUGGAUGUAAAGUAAAGGGGAAACAAGCCUGCAAUGUAUGUGGAAAGGAUACACCUGCAAGGUGGCUUAAGUUUAGCCGCAAGUUUGUGUACAUGAGUAACAGAAGGAGACUACCGCCUGGCCAUCGUUACAGAUAUAAAAAAGCUUGGUUUGACAACACUGUGGAGGAAGGGAAUGCUAAUAGGAUACAAACAGGCGCUGAGAUAUAUGAGACACUACAAGCUUUUACGAAUGAUUUUGGUAGACCUCUAGAGAAGGAAAAGACUAGAGAGUUGCCUGUUCGUCACAAUAUUGAUGUUAUGCACGUAGAAAAGAAUGUGUCUGAUGCUAUAUUGUCUCUGUUGAUGCAAAGUGCGAAGUCAAAAGAUGGGUUGAAAGCAAGAAAAGACUUAGAAGAUAUUGGAAUCAGAAAGCACUUGCACACAGAGGUGAGGGGAAAGAAAACAUACUUACCUCCUGCUGCCUACUGGUUAUCGAAGAGAGAGAAGACCAUUUUCUGCCAAAGGUUAGCUAAGUUUAGAGGCCCUGAUGGUUAUUGUGGUAAUAUUGCGAAUAGUGUUUCAGUUAACCCUCCAAAUAUUGGUAGUUUAAAGUCGCAUGAUCAUCAUGUCUUAGUACAGAACUUGUUACCAGCUGCAUUAAGAGGGUUGUUACAUAGGGGUCCUAGGAUAGCCAUAAAUAGAUUAUGCAGUUACUUCAACAGGUUGUGUCAGCGCAUCAUUGACCCAGAGAAACUUAUAUCCAUGGAGACAGAGUUUGUGGAGACAAUGUGUCAGCUGGAGCGCUUCUUCCCUCCAGCCCUUUUUGAUAUCAUGUACAUGAAAACACUAAAGGCUUUUGUUAAGAAUUAUGCAAGGCCAGAAGCAUGUAUGGCUGAGGCGUAUUUAGCUGGAGAAUGUGUUGCAUUUUGUUUAGAGUUCCUUAAAGAAUCAGUACCAGUUCAAGAAGCAGUUAAUCGUAAUGAAGAUGUUGAGGCUGAUAGAAUGGUGGUUGAAGGCCGACCUCUGCAGAAGGGUAUAGAGGUUACCCUGUCAGAUAAAGAUAGAGACAUUGCACAUCGAUAUGUGCUAAUGAACAUGGCAUCUUUGGAUCCCUUUCUUGAGAUGCAUUUGGAAGAGUUGCAAGCUAAGGAUGCUCGAUUGGCUAAAAAUGAAACUUUGUUAUGGAAAAACCAUACUGAACACUUUACAGAAUGGCUUAAAAAUAAGAUUCAUUUAGACUCAAAAGAUAGUCAUUCUAAGGAGAUAAGGUGGUUGGCAUUUGGACCAAGAAAUGUUGCUUUAGCACAUAAAGGAUUCAUCAUCAAUGGCCAACGGUUUCAUACUGAUGCGGUCAAGCUGAAGACACAAAACAGUGGAGUAACUUAUGAAGCCUUUAGCAUGUGUAGAUCAAGUGCAAGAGAUAUGAGACAGGUCGCAGAUAUGAUUACAUACUAUGGAGUGAUAAAGGAGAUUUUGGUCAUCGACUAUCACAUGUUCAAAGUGCCACUCUUUAGAUGCAACUGGGCAAACACAGCGAAUGGUGUGAAGGAAGAAGAUGGCUUCACUCUUGUUAACCUUCAUAUGAACCAAGCAGCCUAUUUGAAAGAUCCAUUCAUUCUACCUUCUCAAGCGAAACAGGUUUUCUACUCUAGGGAGGAUGAUGCUUCAAAUUGGUAUGUUGUUAUGAGAGCACCACCUAGAGGUUAUCAUGAGUUGGAAACAGAAGAGGAUUUAGGUGGUGCUCCUUUACCUGUCCAAGAAGUUGAUGAUAUGGGUGAUGAUAUGGAUGAUGAUAGUGUAUAUGUUAGGGAUGAUUGUGAAGGUUUAUUAGUGGUAGAUUGA